AAUGGCAUUCUCAAGAUAUAUAAAAAAACAUUUACAAACACAUAAAUCUGAGAUUCCAUCUUCACCAUAUCCAGAUUUACAAAUACAUUUAAGAUCAUCUGACACUUAUCUAUUCUAUCCUGCUAUACACAUUGUGCAAUAUUAAUUAAUUGUAUCAUCUUUUGGUUUAUAACACUUUUCACAUCUUUGAUGGCAUGCUUGGAUAUAAUUAAUAAUUUUACGUAAACAUUUUACUGUCUUAUCAGGUAAUACUACCUAAAUAUUUCUUGCAAUGCAUUGACAUUAUCCAUCAACCAAUUGCUUAUUAGUAAUAUUUGGAUCUCCACAAUAAGUG